UGGUUUCGAGUUUGAAUGUUGGCGGUAGCCAUUCAGCACGAGCCCGUGACCCCAAGUCGCGAAGAUGAUGAGCAUCGGUAUGGCAGGCACGACCCUUCCGGAAUGAUAAUGUAGAAACGUGCAGUUGCCUACAUUCGUAUUGCGCCUGUUCCUCGCGCGCCCGUCCUGCACUGAAUGCUCCUCUUGCUGUUCAAUUCCGAUGCACGUCAGUUAGACCUCAGGUUGUUCCCUCAACGCACUUCGACCUCAAUACCCGGAUAGGCUGCCAUACCCGCAACCGCGCGACCCAUUAUACAUAACAACGCUGACCAUGUGGUGGGACGACGAAACCAUUGAGCGGAUCGUGACAAAGCAGUUUGUCGCCAACAAACUCGGAUCCAAAGCGGCCGGUCGUCUCGACCAGCCCCUCGGCUUUGGUGAAAACCUGACCGACUGCACCUACUGGGACUGGAUAGAGGCAAAGUCAAAGAAGACCUUCCUCAUACUCUCGGAGCUAGGUCUGCCGAACCACAUCUUUGAGCUUGUCGACGAUUCGCUGGACGACCAGGAUCUCCCUUUUGCGAUCGACCAGGUGGCGCGCUUGAGAUUGUCCCCUUCCAAGAACGACAAGCUCGAGAGGAAGUUCUACCACCGACAAUUCCACUACCUCUUGCGGUACGUGGACCAUGGCGUCCAUAUCGACUAUGCGGACGACGAGGUGGUCCCGUUGGAUGCUGUCGACAAGAAGCAUGCCGCGGGCCAAGGCCACCAUGUCGACAAGGUCACCUCCUCCAACCGGCCGGGGAUGGUGUUUUGCCGCUGUCAAAUAAGCCUCGGCCCUGGCCAUGUCAGCAUGGAAGAGCUCAUGUCCGAGAUUAACGGCAUCAAAGCGGUGCAGAAUGAACAUCUGCUGUCGUACUGGGCGUCCUACACCCACCGAGGAUACGGGUACAUCUUGUUCACACCAGCAUCCGAGUACAGCCUCAAGUCGCUGCUCACCACCAUGCCCAGCUGCCUGAAGAGAUUGGACAAGAAGGCACGGCGGCGAGCGGUCAUGAACUGGAUCUACUGCCUCGCCGACACGGUUUGCUUCUUCCACAACCAGGGCCUCUCGCACGGCAACAUCAGGCCGUCGACAGUGAAUUUCUCAAAGGACAACCUCGCCUUCUUUACAGGGUUCACGCCCUUCCACAUCCACGUACUGGGCGGUGUGGAGGACAACAAGGUGUUUGACAGAGAGGCAUACGACUAUGGCGCGCCCGAGAAGGUGCGUUAUCUGCCCUCGUCAUCAUCGUCAGACUCGAUCCACCGAGCGACAGACGGCAGAGAUCACCAGCCGGCGGGUUUCGAUCCACAGGCCGCCGACGUUUACUCGUUGGGCUGCAUCAUCCUCGAGCUGCUCAGCUUCUUGUUCAAGAGGCAAGGGCGGCCGUUCGCGGCACACCGGGCCGCGAAGCACAGGGCGGUGGGGCGCGGCAGUCCCUUUCCAGACUCGUCCUUCCACGAGAACGUCGAGCAGGUCGAGAGCUGGAUGACUCAGUUGGCAACGGAUGCCGUGGAAAAGGACGACCCGGUCUUCGAGGGCGUGGAGCCGAUACUGUGCUUGGUGGUGAAGAUGCUGGCAUUCUACCCUUCGGAGCGCCCAAAAGCCUGCGAGGUGAAGGAGGAGAUCGGGCAGAUCCUCAUGGGGUCGUGUGGCAUGCCGGAGCCGCACUGCCUGUGCCGGAGCGGCCACUGGAGCUUUGGCAACGGGAGCCUCAGACACAGCUCAUCGUCGAUGCAGAGCACCGCGAGUGCCGGCACCGGACCAGUCUCGACGCAGCGGAGGAGUGGGUCGCAAGAAGAAGGAAGCAGCAAGCGGGCCAGCGCAGGGAGCGGCAGCAGCGUCAGCCUGCGGAGCAUCAAGACGUUCCUUCGAGAACCAGGAGACGGGGAGGCAGCUCUCAGGCCAAGAAACUGGUCCCAAGGGAGCCAAGCCAGCGUCCAGGAGAAACGCUCGAGGGCAUCUCGGUAAUGAAAAUAUGC